GACAAUCAUAAACAUCUUGUGCUUCAUCUUUAUUACAUGUUGAUCAAAAUGGUUAACAAGGAAGUGAACGACGAAUGCUGCAUUUAUAAAUGAAAACAGUAAAUGAAGACGACAUGAUAUUUAUGAUCCUGGUUUACGUUAUUUUCUCUAAACAUCUUAUUGAAGCACUUAACAACGGUGAUCUAAGAUUGACCAAUUCAAUGAGGCUUGAAGUUUACUACAAUUAUGAAUGGGGCACAGUCUGUGAUGAUGCAUUUGAUGACAACGCCGCAAAAGUAGCAUGUAAACAACUUGGAUUCAGCAAUGGAGUUUCUUUAGGAAAUUCAGUAGAAGAAGGAUCUGGAACCAUAAUGCUUGACCAGUUGAAGUGCACCGGAAGUGAAAGUAAACUGUACCGUUGUCCAAGUAACGCAUGGAAAGAAAAUGAUUGUAGUCACAGUGAAGAUGUCGGAGUUAAUUGCAAUAACUUAAUUCCAGUUGAUGGUGGAUUGUCUACAUGGGAACAAUGGACGGCAUGUAGCAGCAGCUGUAAUGCUGGGCUUCAGACCAGAACACGUGCAUGCACUAAUCCAUCGCCUAAAAAUGGAGGGUCAUGCUGUCAUGGGGAAUCAUCACAGACAAUACAAUGCAAUGCUAUUUCUUGUCCAGUUGAUGGUGGCUGGGGUGCAUGGACGCUGUGGAACUCUUGCAAUGUUACAUGUGGUGAAGGAAUGCGAUUGAGAUUUCGUAGUUGCGAUUAUCCUAUUCCAGCAUUUGGUGGCCUAAACUGCAACUCAGAGGACUCCGAAAUGCAACAAUGUUAUACUACGGAAUGUCUAAGGGCAAUUCAUGGCGGGUGGUCAUCAUGGACCAAUUGGACGGAUUGCAGCAAGCCUUGUAAUGGCGGAUUAAAGGAAAAAUCACGUUAUUGCGACAGUCCGGCUCCAUCAAAUGGUGGUUUAUAUUGCAAUGGAACUGUUAAAGACGUAGCACUAUGUAAUACAUUCUCAUGUGCAGGUAUAGAGACACGCAUGGCGUUAGCUACCAUUGUUGCUGGAGUAUCUGUUGGCAGCAUUCUAAUAUCCAUAGCCUUUGUGUUGAUAUGCCGACGUGCUUUUGCAGAAACGUGGACAUUAAAAAAAGUGCGCACGAAACACACUACAGCAGUUGCAGAUACACCUUUCACAGAGGACGCGGACGAAGUUUACAUAUAUCAAGAAUCGGAUCAAUCAUCACAAGCAUUCAAUAAUGCUGCUUAUAAGAAAAACAAAAAAUCAAAGGAUGCUGAAAAAGAUGUUGAUGAUUCUGAUCAAUGUGAUAUUUAUGAUAUUUGUGAAGAAAACUGUUAUGAAAACUUCUGAAACUGAAAAUUAUGAAUACAUUUUUUUUUUUCAUGUAAAAGCAUGACUUCAAUUCAGAUUUGUGUUCAGCAUAGGCAGGUACAAAAUGCAUUUUACGUUGUAGCUAUAUCAAAAUUUUAAAAGGUUGGGAUCAUUUAAUUUGUGUCUGUUUUUUUUAAGUUUGAGUUUUUUUCAUGUACUGGCAACAAAAUGCAGUAGGAAAAUUCAAUUGUUAUUUUUGUUCGUUUGCAUGUAUAAAAGGUUACUCUCAAUAAAUUAACUAAAUUCACAUUCACCAAAUUAAAUUAAAUUUCGAAAUUAUGUAAGACAAAUCAAAACAAUUUUAAUUUGUAUUUGUUUCAUUUCAUGUUAGUAGUUCAAGAGUAACUAUUAAUCUCUGAUAAUGCAAAACAUAUGUUAUAUUGCUUUCUCUUACUAUUAGUACCUUUUUUUUGUUUCAACAAUAUAUAAAAAUGUGAAGAUAUGGUAUGAUUGCUAAUGAGAGAUCUUUCCACCAGAGACCAAAUGACAUAAAAGUUAACAACUAAAGGUCAAUAUAGUUUAUUUUUGUUCCACUAAAUAUAAAAAAGAAGAUGUGGUAUGAUUGCCUAUGAGACAACUCUCUACAAGAGACCAAAUGACACAGAAAUUAACAAAUAUAGGUCACCGUGCGGCCUUCAACAAAGAGUAAAGCCCACACCGCACAGUCAGCUAUAAAAGGCCCCGAAAUGACAAUGUAAAACAAUUCAAACGAGAAAACUAACUGCCUAAUUUAUGUACAAAAAAUUAGCGAAAAACAAAUAUGUAACACAUAAACAAACGACAACCACUGAAUUACAGGCUCCUGACUUAGGACAGGCACAUACAUACAGAAUGAUGCGGGGUUAAACAUGUUAGCGAGAUCCCAAUCCUCCCCCUAACCUGGGACAGUGGUGUAACAGUACAACAUAAGAACGAACUUUAAAAGUCAAUUGAAAGAGGCUUAACUCAUCAGAUGGAUCAAAAUACAAAUACAUUGUACUACAAAUACAAGUGAACGUGGCCGGGUACUUGUACAUCAAAAACAAAA